AUGGCGUACUCGCUUCCCCUUGCGCAGCUAUCGGCGUUCCUGCUCGCCGUCUUACUUGCCUAUCGCUUCGUCAAGACCAGACGGCAGGCUCCUUUCCCGCCCGGCCCUCGAGGCUGGCCGAUAAUCGGUAACGUUCUCGACAUCCCCACCGAGUAUCAGUGGAAGACUUUCGCCCAAUGGGGCGAGAAAUGGGGGGACAUCAUGUCGGUCAACGUCCUCGGACAACGCAUGGUCAUUAUCAAUUCCGCUCGAACUGCCGUCGAGGUACUCGACAGGAAGAGCUCCAUCUACUCUGACCGCCCGCACAUGGUCAUGAUCGGCGAAAUUGUCGGCUGGACGCGCAUCGUCUCGCUGCACAACUACGGCCCUCGAUUCCGCGAGACGCGCCGCCUCCUGUCGCAAAUGCUCGGAAGCCGCGAGAAGGUCGGGUGGCUGGCGCCCGUGCUGGAGGCGGAGGAGCACCGCUUCUUGUUGCGAGUCCUCAGGGACCCGGACAGCCUAGUCGCGCAGGUGCGGAAGGCUGCCGGCGCCAUCAUCUUGUUACUAGCUUAUGGGUACGAGGUGAAAGAUGGCGAAGACCCGUACGUGGCCAUUGUCGAGAAGGCCAUGUCGGAGGUAUCAGCCGCUGCGACUCCUGCCGCUUUUCUCGUGGACUCCUUCCCGAUACUGCGCUAUUUCCCGCCUUGGCUGCCUGGAGGCGGGUGGAAGAAGAACAUUCCCGAGUACACGAAGGAUCUCAACGCGAUGUGCGACGUUCCUUACCAGUUCGUUAAGCAGCGCAUGGCAAUUGGCACGUUUAUUCCGAGCUUCACAUCUCGCCUUCUCGAAGAUAAGUUGGCAAUGGAACGGGAGCAGCUCGUCAAAGACGCUGCGUCGUCUCUCUACGCUGGCGGUUCCGAUACUACUGUAUCCACUCUCACAGGCUUCUUCCUGGCGAUGAUGUGUUAUCCUGAAGUGCAGGGGCGAGCACAGGCGGAGAUUGACUCGGUGAUCGGCUCAGACAGACUGCCCGUUCUCGCCGAUCGAGCGCGUCUUCCCUACGUCCACGCACUGUGCCUGGAACUUCUCCGAUGGAACCCUGUUGCUCCUUUGGCUAUCCCUCACGUCUUGUCCCAGGAUGACAUCUAUGCAGGUUACUAUCUGCCAAAGGGAACCAUCGUGAUGGCGAAUGUUUGGAAAUUCCUCCAUGAUCCGGAAACAUACGCGAAUCCGUUCAAUUUCGAUCCGAGUCGGUUUAUUGCCUCCCAGAAGAUGCCAGCGGAGCAGGACCCACGGUCCUACGCGUAUGGCUUCGGUAGACGGAUCUGUCCAGGAAUGUAUCUCGCGGAUGCCACAGUCUUCCUCGCUGUUGCCAUGUCGCUGACUGUGUUCGAUAUCCGGAAGCCUAUAGUAGGCGGCGUCGAGGUGCAGCCCAACAUGGAAUUUACAAGCGGCGUCAUCAGUCACCCACCUCCCUUCAAGUGUUCGAUAAAGCAGAGGUCUGCCAAGGCUGAGGCCCUGAUCCUCUCCGCGGAUGCGAAGGCUUGA